AUGGCAGUCAGGAAGAACAAGCUCCUUAUGAAAGGCGACAAAAAGGGAGCCAAGAAGGAGGUGGUGGAUCAGUUUUCUAAGAAAGAUUGGUAUAAUGUGAAAGUACCUGCUAUGUUCAAUAUAAGAGAUAUUGGAAAAACUUUAGUCACAAGAACUCAAUGA